AGACCGGUGUCAAUCUUGCCAUGCGAAAGAGCUGUCACAACAAUUAUCGUCAGCUGAUUGCAUCUGUUUAGGAAAUUCAUAGGUAAACAACGAACCUGUCCCAUCAUCUGCGUAACAAUGGGCACGUAGAAGAAAAUUGCGCCUCGCAUUCUGGCCCGUUAUUAGAAGUAAGAACGCGAUUAUCCAUCGAAAAUGGCUGUUUUACUGACGGCUAGCCGGCAAGCAAUCAUCAUCUUCCGACCAGCGGUACCGAGCGUGUGGUUACUCUCCUGGCUAGUCAGCUAUCAGCGAAAAAGCACCAACAUCGGUGCUGUGGAUUCCUUUAUCAGCGAUCUGAUGGAGAACAAAAAGCUAAAGUGGAAAGUUUUAAACAGUCGCCAUCGCAAUGGUAAAGCGAAACCAUCGGCACACCUCGGUCAGGCAGAUGUGGCGGCAACGAAUGUCCGUCACCCGACCGAAACGCUCCUGCGAUCCUCGUUUCGACUCAGCGAGCUGUACAAUGAGCUAACGAACAAUCCGUUGGUCGUUAACAUCAGCCAGAUGGAAGUGUCCCAGGUAGAUCAUCUGCUCGAGACGGCACUGAAGGAGGAAAACGCCGAGGACGUUAGCCGUCUGCUGGCACAGAUACUGGAGUAUAAAAAGUUACCCUCCAUGCCGGUAUUAAACGCCACUCUAAAACAUUUGUCGCAUCAGAAACAAAUGGAAACGGUAGAACAGUUGGCCACACUGGUCACUCUGCUUCAUCCGGAGCGGAGCAGUUCGGCCCUGGGGAGGUUGGAACAUUUUAAAGCCCUAUGCCAGUGGAAGUUAGGCAAUACGCUUAAAUCCCUCGAAGCUUUUCGAACGAUUAUGGUCGAUUGUAGCGAAGAGCAGCGGGUAGCGGUAGAUCAUAUACUGCUGGAAAUGAUCGACGAAACGAUCGGUAGGAAGAGUGAAGCCGUGUUGCUUGCGGUGAUAAAUCUCUGCGAAUUCUGUCUAACCGAACUGCGGCACGACUUUCCCAUCUGCUACGUGUGGGAGAAGAGCUUCUUGAGCGCGUGGCACAGUGAUCAAGAGGCGGCGAAAACGUUGUUCGAUCGGCACGCGGCACUCAGACUGGCCGUCAGCAGUAGGACGAAGAACCUUUGCUACAAGCUGCUGUACGACAGCAACGUGGAAAAAGUGUACCAACUGAUCGAACUGUUCCUCAAGCAUGAGAUGAAAGCGGAAUGUAAAUCCUUACUGAUCCGACUGUUUGAGUAUCAGUAUUGGCGCAAAAACUUACGAGCUUGUUCGGAAAUUAUGCAGAACGCCAUCGAUCUCAAUAUUACGCUUCCCGAGAUGUGCAACCGCCAUCUGUUGGAGCUUCUGCUGGGACACGCCUCGUCCACGCUGCCCAAGGAAUCUUCGAAACAAUCGAAGGACCUGAAGCCGAACAAAUAUCAGCUCAAAUUUUAGUUUCCCGUUCUAGUCGCUGAACUGAAUAAGAAUUGAUCGUUUAACGGAAAUUGAACACUAUGAGCAUGUUAAAUUAUACUAACAUACGAAAAAG